AUGGGCUGGGUCGCCUUCCGGAGCUCGUAUUUGGCUCACUUCAUCCGCGUCAACACGAGCCUAAUCAAGCUUGCCGACGCCUUUCGAGCCCUUCACGCCUCGGACGCCGUCUCAUGGCAGUGGCUCGUCGUCACAGGCAGUCUGGUCCCACUCGGUCUCCUCAUCGGCAUUUUCUGCCCUGCAGAGCUGGAAGCGAUUCUACUUGCUGUCUUUGUGACCCCGAUGAGCCUUGCGCUCGCAGGCGCACUUGGCGUCCCGGCGGAGUUUGAUGCGCUUUUGAGUCCUCUCCUGGCUGCGUACAUUGCGACCCACAUGCGUAUCGGGCUCUACGUCUUCUUCUGCGCUGUAUACGCACGUAUCGUGUUUGGUCUUCUGCCAUCGUCGUGGUCGACAACGCGCCAGGACGCGACUGCGCUCGUGUGCGGGGCCGGCCUUGUGUGGAUGACGGUCUUUUCCAUCGAGUCUAUCCGGUUGUAUCUGCAGGAGUCGGCGUCGGCGCUGAUCGGGGCCGGUCUCAUCCUAACAAGCAUCGCUGUUUGCUUUGAGCCCAAGAUUGUACGCGUCCUCAUCCUUGUCGGUGGGUUCGGGCCGCUAGUGCGUGAGUUCCGCGGCAUUGCCACGCAAUCCAUCUAG